AUGUUCAAAUUCCUAGCUAUUACCGUCUUGUUGCAAUGUGCCGUGGCCGGGCCAUUCGACCUCCCGUUCGCUUCAACCUGCACUGCCGAGUCGAUCCAUAUCUGCCCGGAUACGGUGGAUUCCGGGGAACCAACCACCGUAGACGGAUGCCUUCAACUGGAAACCAAGUGCAAAUCGGCAACGGCUCAAAUCUAUGUGCACAACUUCGCGACCACCGAUACAAACGGCCAAGCCCUAAACGCCCUCACCCUGAAAUGCGGCGAUUUCGGAUUCUGGAGACCAACGCAACCGAUCACACCCCACCAAUUCUCAAUCCAAAGCAUCCGUUGCAUUGAGGAGGCCGUCUCGACCCCGAUUGCAAAC